CCCCACUGAAAUUCAGAGAGCAAACCAUUAAAAAUUUAGAACAGACUACUGCGGGUUUAGGGUUUUUGGAUUUUGAGGGGUUUAUCUUUCCAUUCAUCCUCAAAUUCUCUUUUACACACCAUCUCUCACUUCUCGAGUAACUAGAAGCAAUGGAGCACGGUUCUGCACAGGAUCCAAGCAAAGCAACGUUUUCUUUCGUUGAUGAAGAUCACACUCUUGCAAAUUCUGUUAGAUUCACCUUGAAUCAAGAUCCAAGGGUUUCAUUCUGUGGAUACAGCAUUCCGCAUCCUUCAGAUGCUCGAGUUAAUAUUAGAGUCCAAACAACAGGUGAUCCAGCGAGAGAGGUAUUGAAAGAUGGAUGCCAGAAUUUGAUGUUGUUGUGCCGGCAAGUUAGGAGUACUUUUGACAAGGCUGUUUCUGAUUAUAAGAAAAACAAUCCCAUAGAAAUGGAAACAAAGUAAUUGAAAUUGACCUCUCUUGUAUACUGGCAUACGAGUUAUUUGCAGGUGCAAUCGGAUGCAGUUACUAUGUAGUUGUCCCCUUUUCAUCAGAAUGAUAUACUUAAUCUUGUUUGAUAAGCACAUAUCUUCGACUGUUAAAUAUAAAUUUCAUUAUCAA